AUGGCUUUCGAAAUUCCGCUUGUGGACCCGGUCACCGUCGCCGAGGUUGCUCGCUAUGCCGUGGAACUGUGGCACGAACACCGGAUUCCAAUCCUACUCUCGGCCGUUUUUCUAUUGGGCCUACUGAGGACGUACCUCCAUCUCUAUUCGGAACCGAGACAGGAGCUACUCGUCCUGCCCAAGAUCUACGAAACCGACAAGAAGACGAAGGAAACGGCGAACGUCGAGAAGGAAAUAAAGGAGAAAACUGGCAUCGCAAAGAAGGAGAAGGCUUCCAAUGGCGGUCCCAAGAGGAUAAAGGGCGACAAGGUCCGCACGAAGAAGGGAACGAAUGGCAACGACAGCGGUAGCGAAAGCGAAGGACCGCGCAAGAUCCAGGUCCUCGUCUUCUACUCGUCACUCACGGGCAACACCGAACGGUACACCAAGGAUUUCGCAAAGGAACUCGGAGACUUGCUUCUUGGAAAAUCUGAAGCCGAGAGCAACUUCUUGGCCCCCCAGGUGCUCGACCUCGCCGAAAUCGACUACGACGAAUAUUUCAUUUCGCCCCCGAAGGCAACUGCGGACGGUCCUGUCGACUACUUCUACCUGCUUAUUAUUCCCAGCUAUAACAUCGACUCGAUCAACGACACCUUCCUUGCGCACUUGGACGAGACGCACCACGACUUCCGCAUCGAUACAUCCCCAUUGGCCCCGCUUCUUGGAUACUCAGUGUUUGGAUAUGGCGAUAGAGAUGGAUGGCCUACAGAGGAGGAGGGUUACUGCGUGCAGGCUAAGCAGGUGGACAAGUGGAUGGCUAAGCUUACAGGGCGCAAGCGCGCAUUCCCUCUCGGCAUGGGCGACUACAAGCGGGACGGUAAGGAGAGACUGUCGGAAUGGCAAUCCGGAGUGGUGGACGUUCUCAAGAUGAUCGAGCAAACAGGAAGUCUUGGAGAGGGCGUUCCCGGUUCUGGCGAGCCCAUCGAAAGCGACGACGAAGAUAUCGCGGAGGAUGACGGUGAGGUUGUGUACGAGGAGUCGGAGUCCAAGAAGACCCUCGAAGAUGUCGAGGAUCUGGGACGCAUCAUCAAACAGACACAGGGAGAUGGACAAGCCGCGCCGAUUGCGAUCGACUUUACCGACUUCGGAAAGACCGGAAAGGCCGUCCGGGCAAAGAAGACAGCGACCGUUACCAUCAAGGAGAUGGUGCCCGUUGGCUCGCCCACAUACACGUCUCUAACCAAGCAAGGCUACGCCAUUGUCGGCUCUCACUCCGGCGUCAAGAUCUGCCGCUGGACCAAGUCCGCCCUCCGUGGUCGCGGCUCCUGCUACAAGUACUCCUUCUACGGCAUCAACUCUCACCAGUGCAUGGAAACCACUCCCUCGCUCUCCUGCUCCAACAAGUGCGUCUUCUGCUGGCGUCACGGCACCAACCCAGUCGGCACCUCGUGGCGCUGGGUCGUCGACCCUCCCGACCUCAUCUUCAACGGCGUCAAGGAGAACCACUACAAGAAGAUUAAGAUGAUGCGCGGCGUGCCUGGCGUCCGCGCUGAGCGCUUCGCUGAGGCCAUGCGCAUCCGCCAUUGCGCCUUGUCUCUAGUCGGCGAGCCCAUCUUCUACCCGUAUAUCAACGAAUUCCUCGGCAUGCUGCACAAGGAGCGCAUCUCUUCCUUCCUCGUCUGCAACGCCCAGCACCCGGACCAGCUCGCCGCUUUACAGCACGUCACGCAGCUGUACGUCAGCAUCGACGCCUCCAACAAGGAAUCCCUGCGUCGCAUCGACCGCCCCUUGCACCGCGACUUCUGGGAGCGCUUCCAGCGCUGCCUCGACAUUCUGCGCGAGCGCCGCUUCCGCCAGCGCACUGUCUUCCGCCUCACGCUGGUCAAGGACUUCAACCUCGAGGACGAGGUUGAGGGGUACGCGGACCUGGUCGAGAAGGGUCUCCCCUGCUUCGUCGAGAUUAAGGGCGUCACGUACUGCGGCACGUCGACGGCGGGAAGCGCCGGUCUGACCAUGGCCAACGUGCCUUUUUACCAGGAGGUGUGCGACUUUGUUGUCGCGCUCAACAAGGCGCUAAACAAGCGUGGGCUCAAGUACGGUAUUGCCGCCGAGCACGCGCACAGCUGCUGCAUCUUGCUGGCCAGCGAGCGGUUCAAUGUCGACGGGAAGUGGCACACGCUUAUCGACUAUGAGAAAUUCUUCAACCUGCUUGAGGAGAAGGGACCCGAUGGCGACUUUACCCCUGAGGACUACAUGGGCGCCGCGACGCCCGAGUGGGCGACUUGGGGUAACGGCGGGUUUGAUCCUAGGGAUCAGAGGGUGGAUAGGAAGGGUAGGCCGAUUGAGGCGCCAUAG